AUGUCGAGCUUUAAGAGCCUUCUACAUGGUUUCUACAUUCCAUGGUCACUCUAUGCUUCGGCAAAUGGUAUUAGACACUACUCAGAACCAGUGAAACCCGUAGAGCCUAAUGAUGAAGAAGUAUAUUUAGACAGUUUCCCACCAAAGGAUAGCUAUCAAGUGCCUAAAAAUCCAAUUGUACUCUGCCAUGGUUUAUCAGGAUUCGACAAGAUAAUCCUAAUACCUUCCAUCUACCAACUGACCAAGAUAAUCCGUCAAAGUAUAAUGGCUAAUAAUUCUGAACAUUUUAUCGAAUCGGGGGAUCAAUCAACUGAUAAUGCCUUCUUAGAGAUUGAAUAUUGGAUUGGUGUCAAGGAAAAAUUGGAGAAAAAAGGCUGCACUGUACUUGUAACCAAAGUUCCCAGUUUUGGAAGCAUUGAGGAAAGAGCACUGUCAUUGCAUGCCUUUUUAGAGAAAGAAACCCAAAUUCUGCGACGCACAGCUACCAAGAAUGAGAUUUAUAAUGUAGGACAGGAUGACUCUGCUUCUCAAAAAGAACCAGGACCUAUAAAGCUAAAUCUCAUUGCCCAUUCCAUGGGCGGAUUGGAUUGUCGAUUUCUUAUCUCAAAGAUACAAAACAAGAAUUACAAAGUUUUGAGUCUUACAACGGUCUCAACACCACAUCGUGGUUCUGAGAUGGCUGACUACGUGGUGAACCUAAUUCAAGAUUUAAAGAAAUUGGCACCUUCAGAACCUGAGCAACUAAUUCUACCGCCAUCAAUCCGCGAAUUGACCACUAAAUACAUGUCAUUUUUUAAUGCAACUACGCCAAAUGAUCCUUCGGUCUCAUAUUUCUCCUAUGGAUCUUGCUUCAGACCAAGGUGGUACAACGCUUUCUACAUGACUUGGAAGAUUAUACACAAUUUAUCGGGUGGUCAAUCCAACGAUGGUAUGGUAACAGUUCAAAGUAGCAAAUGGGGACACUUCCGCGGAUGCCUUCUCGACACGGACCAUUUAGAUAUAAUCAAUUGGAAGAAUAAACUACAAAAGGAUUUUAGCAAGUCCCUUUUCAAUGCCAGCAAAGCGGCUAGUCAAUCCUUAAGACCCGAUAUUGACAUAUUGAACUUCUAUCUGUACAUAGCAGACGACUUGGCAAGAAGGGGAUUCUAA